AUGAACCAAUUCACACUCAUCCUCUCCUUCGUCUUAUUGAUCGCCGUAGCGAAGGCCACGAUCCAUACCACAUGUUACAACCACUUUUUGAAGAAGGACGGAUGUAUUUACUCUUCUGCAGCCAACAAUACCCGCUGCCAACUUCCAGCCAAGAACAACCCCUCUCCGGCUGGUCAGCUCUCCACGGCUUCCGAGAACACAAAAAGGAGCGAGCCACACCGUCUAGACCGCCGCUACGACUCUCAACAACCAGUCUUUCCUAUUGGUGGCGGUAAAGGGAACUGUGGUGAGUAUAAAUCAUCCGAAGUGCUCGGGGUAUGUCUGUGGAGUGGAGCCGAGCAGGACAACCCUACCGUUGAAACCGCAGGAUGGCUCAACAGUCUCAAGACAUCCAACUGUGGAAAAAGAAUAUACAUCCACCGAACCGGAAGGCCCGAUACGGUUCAGUAUGCGAAGGUCGUUGAUGGCUGCUCGUUCGACACUAAAGUAUUAGAUCUCGGAUGUUCUCAGAUUGGACUGUCCGUUAAGCUGUUCAAUAAAUUCAACCCCACGGACAAAGAAAAGAAAGAUCAGUUCCUUUACGGUGGAUUCACCUGGGACUUUGACAACUUGAAAGGUAAAAGUCCCCAACAAGUUAAAAAGUCCAUUGCUAGUACCUUGUAUAUACAUGAUAUGGCAGAUCCAGUCAACUUUAAAGACAUCCACAAUGUCCGAAAGGUUUCAAUGUAA